CGUUGUAUACAACAACCGAGGACGUUAACUACCACGCGACAAUCGCACAUCUGUUAUUUUAAUCGUGGGACCGUACUACGCGCUCAACAAGUGGGGCACAACCAUGGGAGACCAAGUCGUAGAAGAAGUUCCACACUUCGAGACAGAGGAAGAAGAGUUCUUCCAAGAUAUCGACGUGCUCCAACAGCACGGCAUCAACGUCGCAGAUAUAAAAAAACUGAAGUCAGCCGGAAUAUGUACGGUGAAAGGGAUUCAGAUGACGACGCGUAAGAGGCUUUGUAACAUCAAAGGCAUAUCGGAAGCCAAAGUGGACAAAAUUAAAGAAAUCGUCGCCAAGAUUGCCGAAUGCGCCGGCUUUCUAACAGCCCUCGAAGUAAGCGAACGACGCCGGCUCGUGUACCGGAUUCCGACAGGCAGCAAAGAACUGGACAAGCUCAUGGGCGGAGGAGUUGAGAGCAUGGCAAUAACCGAAGUGUUCGGCGAAUUCAGAACGGGCAAAACGCAACUUUCUCACACACUUUGCGUGACGUGCCAACUUCCGGGGGAUAACGGUUACAGCGGCGGCAAAGCCAUAUUCAUUGACACGGAAAACACCUUCAGACCGGACAGACUCCGCGAAAUCGCGGAUCGCUUUAAUCUAGAUCACGACGCCAUGUUGGAGAAUAUUUUAUACUCACGAGCGUUCACCAGCGAGCACCAGAUGGACAUGUUAGACCAGGUCGCGGCCAAGUUUCACGAAGAAGCUGGUAUUUAUCGCCUGCUGGUCGUCGACUCCAUCAUGGCUCUGUUUCGCGUCGAUUUCAGUGGUCGAGCUGAACUUGCAGAUCGUCAGCAGAAGCUAGCGCAGAUGCUGUCGAAACUCCAAAAGAUUUCCGAAGAGUACAACGUGGCUGUGUUCAUCACGAACCAGAUGACGGCCGACCCCGGGGCGGCCAUGAGCUUCCAGGCUGACCCCAAGAAGCCGAUCGGGGGCCAUAUUUUGGCGCACGCGUCCACAACGAGAAUUGCGCUUCGAAAAGGACGAGGCGAAGUUCGGAUCGCGAAGAUCUACGACAGCCCAGAUCAGCCUGAAAAUGAGGCAUCCUUCGCGAUCACUCCAGGAGGAAUUGCUGAUGCGUCCGAGUGAACGUCAUUGUUUUUUUUAAUAAAGAUUUUGUGACAAAGU